AUGAGUUCUGAUUCCUCUGAUGAAUAUGAAGUUUCUAGUGAGCCAAGUAGCACCACAGUCACCGGCCCGGAUGAUGGCAAUCCAGAGGCUGCUCCUAGAAAGAAAGUUUAUCAGGAACCAGUUCGCAAGAAAAGGCAAAAAUCAUAUCCAAUUCCAUGCAUUGUUUUGCUGGAAUUUAUUCUUCCUAUAUGCUACGUCAUCAAUUCGAUGACAACCGAAGGCGUAAUGGGCAUGAUUAACAUUAUUAUCUUAGUUGCAAAUGUUGCCAUUACUAACUUGACAAAAAAAUCCAUUACAGGUCACAAAAUUAUAUUAUCUAUCGAAUUAGUUUAUAAUAUUAUACUUCUCGGCCUUGCCUCAUCAAUUGGAAUGAGAGAAGAAGAAGAUACUAAUAUUAUCAAAAUCAUGGGCUUAGAUUUUAAUAACUAUGUUGCCUCAAACGCUAAGCUUACCAUCGGUAUCAGUGUUAUUGCAAUUAUUUUGGAAAUUCUCUCUGCUGUUCUCUUAUUCAAAACAAAGCCAGAGAUCAUGCUUGAGCGUAGAGCCAAAAUAUACUCUUCUAUGGCAUGGAUUUUUGCUUCCGAUUUCAUCUGGACAUUCUGCCUCGCCGUUAUGGGUGCAGUUCAAAUGUUCAUGGAAAUUGUCGAAGUUAGCUAUUGCUUCCUUCCGUUGUUGGUAUAUAUCCUUUACAUUUCCAUUACAAUGGGUAUUUUUGGUCGUCCAUUUGUGCACCAGUACAUUCUUAUCGUAAUUUAUGUCUAUGCGAUCAUUUUCUCACUUUUCAUCUUCUAUACAACAUCCCCUCUUGGCCAGUUGUAUCCGAUUAUUGGAAAGACGAGCAGCGCAAAGAUCCAUAGCUCAAGUUAUUUCCAGAAGUACGCUCCUCUCAGCUUAGCUGUCAAUGUCAUUCAGAUUUGGUUUUCAGUACAGCUCUGCUUCGUAUUCAAGCGCUCAAAGCCUACGAUUCCUCAGUCUCUCGUGACAUUAUCAGACAUCUUGUUAGUUUUCUCAUUUGUAGCAGUUUUAGUCUACUCCGUGUUCUUCUCAUGCUACAUAGCAGGUGUCUGGGAGCUCAUUGUCUACCUUGCUUGCUUCUUCUCGUUGAAUGCCUCUCGAAAAUUCUUCUUCAGGUUACUUUCAGUCAUCCACAACAUUCUUUUCAGUGCCAUUUACGUCACAUGCCUCAACUUAUUCUACUCAGCUGAAAAGGCAAAGACAAAUCAUCCAAGAUUAUUCUCAAGAAUCUUACAACCGAUUGGCUUCUACCAUUUCUACGAGGAGAAUACAGAUUCCGAAAACAAGAACAAGGAAUUCAUGUUCGUACUUCUUGGUUUCUUACUUACCUCAAUUUUGGCACAAAUUGGCCGUGUUGUCCACUUUAAACCACCAAAAGAAGCAGAAGGAGAACAAGAAGAAGGCAUGGAACUCAGAGAUAUCAUCGAUCGUCCAAAGAAGAAGAAAGAAAAAGGACCAGUUGUCAAAUUCAUCAUUAAAAUCGCCAAGAUCGUAACAGACGUCAUUGUUUUCAUCUUUAAGAACCUUUCCGUAGGUGCCGUCGUUGUUUUAGGUAUUACAUUCGGUUAUCAAGAGAAUCAAUACUGUUUCAACGCCAUUUGCGUCAUCAUUUUAAUCACCAACGUUCUUGGUUUAUUCCACCGUCCUAUUUUCUACUUUAUUCUUUUCCUUACCGGUCUCAUUAUCAUUACAGCCACAGUAUUCGAGACAAUGCCGACAGACUACUUCAAUUCUACCGUUCUCGAUUACUUAGAAAAGACGGGCUUGAAGCGUGCUAGUGGCGAGGCAGAUUUACCCACCUACCUAUGGCCAUACAUUGUCAUGGUCUUCCUUUGUGUAUUAAUUACACACAUGGGUAAAGUGAAAGUCAUUUAUCCAUCAACAGUUGUUAUGUUCAUUUUCUGGGCAUUGGCAAUUUUACAUUUGGCAUAUUUGUAUGUUUACGGACCAAACAUUUUCUCUGUCAUUUAUGUCAUAACAGGUAUCUUUAUUUUCUACUCCAAAGUUCUUAAUAAAGUCCUGUUAACAAAGAUUGCCAUUGUUGUUUCAGGUAUCUCUGUUUCUUUGCACUUAACAAUGUUGAUGUUCUCCGAAUUCGAGUGGACAAGGAAUUAUCUCAUGUCAAUCACUUUCAACAAGAAGUUCACAAUGCAAGAUUUGAUUGACUUGAGAACACCACAAACACCUGGAUUAGAAGCAGCUCUUCUUGCUGUAACAAUGUUCUGUAUUUCAUUGACAUACAUGAACACGAAUCCACUUCAAAAGAGACCAAAUAUUUGGAUACAAGGUAUAAGAGAAGAAUUCAAAGCAGCAUUGAGAUCAUUGUUCUUCUAUAUCUCAUGGCUAUUGAUGUUCUUCUUCUCUAUUUCAAAUGAUUAUCCAACAAUCAUCAAAUGCGUCAUUUCCAUUCUCUUCCUUCUCGGUUCUAAAAUGGCCAGAUUCUUCAAUAAAAUGGUCGGCGCAUUGCUCUAUACAAACACUGUCUACAUCGUUAUUGAAGUGUUCCUUGAUAUAUUCCCUAAGUUAACUGAUAAAGACCAAACACCAUAUACAAGCACACGUAAAUGGUGUGAAUAUAUCGGUUUGUACUUCGUUGAUGGCGAUAAAGGACAAGGAGAUAGAAACUACUCAAUGACAUGGCAGUUGUUGUUCAUUCUCGUAAUCAUUGUCAAUAUGAUUGCAGAACAUCCUGAACAAACUGAUCCGAAAUUCGACGGUUCAUUGGGUAUGAGAUUGUACAGAGCUUUCUACAUGAUGUUACAUAACUGGUUACCUGUUUUCGUUAACAUUUCAUUGUGCAUUUCAACACUUUAUAAUCCAACAGUUUUCGGGUUCUUCUCAUUGUUAGUUUUGAUCAUUGUCCAGUUCAAACCGAAAGUUCUACAAAGAGGUGCUGUUUGGAUUUCCGUUCUCUUCAACUUCUGCUUCUUGUUCCAAUAUGUUAUCUGGCUUGGUCCUCCUUCCAGGUUCUAUUUCAUUAGCGAUGCUUUGGAUAACGAUUGGGGCGAUUUCCUAUCAUUAAGAAAUAUCGAAACAGAAGCUUUGUUAACUAACAUGGUCACCGCUUUCAUGUUAACAUUCUAUUUGCAAUUCAGAGAAUUGGCAAUGAACUAUGAUGCCGGAUUCAAUGAUUUACCAGAAUUCUUGAAGGGUGUCAUCAAAUUCAUUGUUUCUAAUAUCUUUGAGAUCAUUGAAGCAGUUGCCAUCGCAAUCUCCAUUUUCAUUCCAACAUUCGAUGGUUUGUUCUUCACAAUAUUGAUCUCUAUUUUGUUCUACAUGACAUUGUUACACGAUUUCGAUAACCACAAGACAAUUUCUAUCCAUCUUUGGGGUCUGUUCUUGGUUAUUGCAGGUAGACUCUUGAGUCGUAUUCCAUAUUUCUCAACAAACGGAUAUGCACAUUACGUCCAAGAAGCCUUUGGAUUACCAUUCAGAGGCAAGUCAAGUACUGAAUAUCUCUGGAUCAUUCUUUUCGCAUUGGAAUCAUUGGUUAUUCACAUCAUGGAAACACCAAUGUUCCAGGAAUGCAGAAAGGAUUCAAUCCAAAGAUUGGCAUACAGAUUCAUCAGAGUCAGACAACUCAAAGUCAUCUCAAGACUUAACCAAGAAGUUGUUGAUUCAAUUCAACACGCAAAGAUUGAACAAAUCUUCAGAAUUGCUGACCAAUCAUCAGCAGGAUUGAACAGAUCUGCUUCAUUCUUGAUGCCACAGCAACAGCAGAAGAAACCAGAAAAGGUUGAUACAAGAACAGAAGAACAGAAACAGAAGGAUGAAGAAGAAGCAAUAAGAAAGCAGGCAGAAGAAGAAGAGAGAAAGAAGAAAGAAGCUGAAGAAAAGCAAAGAAUACUUGAAGAAAAGAAAGCUAAAGCAGCUGCAGAAGGUAAAGAAUAUAUCCCUGAAGAAGAGGAAGAGGAAGAAGAACCUCCAAAGACAGUCAAAGAUCGUAUCCUCGGUUUCUGGGACAUUUUCAUGGAAAAUAUUGUUUGGCCACUUUGUUCUCACAUCAUUAUUUUCUAUGCAAAGACAGUCAAUCUCUCUUGCGAGGCUGGUGUCAAUGUCCUCACAUUCAACUCCGUCAAUGCCAUCCUCAGAAGAAUUGCUGCAGCUUUAACAGCAGGAGGAACUUACCAAUUGACUCCGAUCGAACAAAACUUCUUGAAGAAACUGCCACCAUCAUUUUACAUGCAACUUGGUGGUAUUGGAGAAAUCUUGCAGUUCCCUGAGAUAAAGCGUGAACAAUACAGAGAAUUGUUGUUAAGAUACUUCGGCUACACAAUCCGUAAAUUGUCUCUUCCUUGCUUAGUACUCAUGUCUGUUAUCUACACUUAUGUCAAGCCAUAUCUUCUUUCAUUCCUCUUCACCAUUUACAUCUUUGCUCUUUUCAUUGGAACAAACAUUUACGCGACACCUUUAGUCUACAGAAUCUUCUACAUCGCGUUGAUCAUUAUGUUACUUCUUAGAGCUGUCUGCACAGUUGAUUUGAUUUCCGAUCAAAUGGAUAAGUACUUGAACUCCGUUUCAGCUGCACAAUCUCGUGUUUCUUAUCCAAGUUUGUUUGGCUUCAAUUCCGCUGAUUCUUCAACAAUUGAAAUCCUUAUGUUCUUAGUUGGAACAUGGUAUGUUGUCGAUAACCUCAGGAAUGCUUGUGUCUUCGCUCCAAGCCAUUACAACAACAAGAUCUUUGGCGGAGAUAACAAAUUAGAAGGAUAUCCAGACAAAUACUUCUACAACUUCGAUAAUCCAGACAAAGUUUUGGGCCUCAGCCAGAAGAAGAUGCCAAGUAUUUGGCAACAGAUCGUUGCGAAUGCGAAUAACAUAAGAAUUCCUACGUCAAAUGAAUACUUCAUUGUAAUGAUCAUUGACGCAAUUGCAUUCUUAGUAAUGAUCUUUAACAUUUCUAGCUGGACAACUGAUACAUCAAGUGAUAAGACAUCAACUGGUAUCUCAAUCUUCUUCGUUUUCUCUUUGAUUUUCAGUGCAAUUUUCAUCUUCGUUUUCUUCCUUUUGAGAAUAUCAAAUAACUUCUUGUCUUUGUACAUUUUCAACACGAUACAAUUGAUAUGUGUAUUGAUCUUUGAUUUCUGGGUUUGCUACAAACCAAAGGCUUCUUCCCUUCAGUUCUAUUUGUUCCUCAAAUACAUCUCCAUUUUGAUAGUUUACCAUGAUACUUAUCUUGGUAAAAUCAUAGCAAACUUCUCGUUCCCAGACAUAGAAAACAACUGGCGAAAGAUUCUUUGCAUGAACAACUUCAUGAGAAUCUGUCCAUUCGUUUUCGAAAUCCACUCGCUUUUGAUGUGGAUGUCAAAGGACACAAGAGUAGAAUUCGCUCAUUUCUUCAUACAAGAAGAUAUCAAGACAUUGCUUGAAAAUCAAAUGGUUUACAAUCAUCGACCUGAACAAAAACGACUGGAAAGAAAUCUUUGUAUCGGUGGUUGCUUCUUGUUCUUGAUCAUUUUACUUCUUUUCGGACCUUUGUUCUUCAUGGUUGGUGGAUCUGGCGCUUACAUGAACAAUCCAAUCCUUUCUUCCGAGUUAGAAAUCGGUUUCACAGCUGUAGGAGCUAUUUACAGAUCAUACGCCCAAUUCCAGAACUUGACAUCCUCAGAACACAAUGAUUUGGCUAAUUCGGGAUUCGCUGAUUUGAGUGUUCUGAAGACUUAUUCUCGGGAUGAUCUGAUUAUAGCUUUAUUCCCGUUGUCAUCACAAAGUACGGCUGUUGCAACUGAUGCUUCAAUCAAGAGUUUCCUGACAAACUCCAACUUGAACAAGAGACCAUACGUUAAACUGACAACAACAUUCCAGUAUCCAGCAACAACUGCUAAGUCAAAUGUCAUUUCCUACCAGUUGAACAUGGAUCCAAUUACUAUUUCUCAAUCAAGUGAUUACCUCGAAGCAUGGAAGAAUAUUUCUUCAUACACGAACCUUACGAAUGUACCUGUUGUUUACUUCAAUCCAAGAGAAGGAGCAGCAUCAAGUUCUUCAACAAACUACUCUUGUGGUUUCCAGUUCGAUACAACAGCAAACGUUGUACAGUUGGCAACAGUUAAUCCAAACAUUUCUGAAUUAAAAGAUGCAACAUUUUUGAAGAUCAUUAUUUGGUCGGAUGAAGUCGAAUCUGACGGCACAGUUGGAACAUUGGUAUCAAUGGGUGGUGGCAUCAUCGGUAUCUACAUCUUGAUCAUAUUCACAUUCGGUGAAGUCCUAAGAGAAAGAACUCUUGGAGGAUAUGAUGAAUUGUGGCUCGAAAGAAUGAGAAAACCAGAAAACUUGUAUCAAUACAUCAUUGCCAUCGAAGCAUUUAGAUCAGUUGGAGCUAUCGAUAGAGAAUACAUGAUGAUGGAGAUGUUCCUGGAUGUCAUGAGGUCGAAGGAAGCUUGCAUAACUUUAACAAAUGAACCAGAAUCUGAAGAACCAUCUACCAAAUAA